AUGUACUUACAAAUGUAUUCAACAGAAUCAUCCUGCUCCACUACAGCUCUCAUCUCUAAUGGACUGAAUACAUACUCAUACAAUCUGGUCUUAUUUUCAGAUUGGCUGCCUAUCUAUUUUGGAGGCCUAGGACUUUGUUAUAUCCUGGUGUUUAGUUGCAUGUUAGUCCUUCAGUGGAGGAAAGGAAUCCAACGAGAACGACGUGCAACAGUAUGGGUGGAGCGGAUGAAAACAGACCGGUUUUUCCAUUGCCCAUUGGCUUACAGUGCUGAUAAGGAAACCCACACUGGAAUUAAAACAGAAGUGUCUCUUCCAGAACCUAAAAGCAGCUCAAAGCAAAGAGAAAUCAACUUGUCCAGUGAGGCUACCCAAGAUAAUAUGAGCGAUUCCUUCCUUUCCCUUUCAGAUGUAGAUCCAUACAAACCAGUAUUUCACGAAGUCUCUUGCGCCAGUGCUCUUGCUCACUUGCCACCAUUGCUUGAGCAUUCAGCCUCCUACCCUUGCUCUAAUGUUUCAGCCACAAGCACUCCAUUCAACUCACCUCUGAAAUUUGCUAUGUUGAAAAAUGAGUCACACCAUGUUGGUAGCAACAUCUCCGCUUAA